AUGGGCUCGGCAAGUGCCCUGUCGCGGCGCCUGCGGGUGGCGCUGCGGGAGGAGGAGCCGCGUAUCCGCAGAGCCGUGGAGGAGCUGCUGCGCCGAGGCGCCAACCCCAACUUGGUACUGGACGAUGGCGCGGCAGCUGUGCACUUGGCCGCCAGAGCCAGGCACCCGCGCAGUCUUCGUUGUCUGGAGACCCUAUUGCGCCACGGCGGGGACCCCAACGCCAGAUCCGCCGAGGGACUGACGCCGCUGCACGUGGCUGCCGCCUGGGGCUGUCGCCGCGGCCUGAAGCUGCUGCUGAGCCGGAGAGCGGACCCUGAGCUGCGCGAUCAGGACGGAUUCCGCCCCCUGGACCUGGCAGAGCAGCAAGGACACCAGGAUUGCGUGCAUGUCCUGCAGGAGCUGGAGGGGCAGACCUGGACCGAAGCAGAGACCCAGGAUCCCCAGCGCGAGCCUGGCGAACCCAGGCCCUGGUGCAAGGGAUUGGAUGACAGCCCCUCUGAUCCUCCUCAUGUGACACUGGAAUCUACAGCACUGGGGAGAGGUGACGUCAGGGUCAUGGGCCUAGAGGCCGCCCCUGGACCCCAGAGUCUCCUUGCCCACCCUGAAGUUGCUGAUGAAGAUGGGAGCUUGCUGUCUCCAGAGUGCUGGGACGACAGCUCAGAUGUCUCUUUUAUCACUGCAAUUGAGUCCUCUGGAGCUGACGACCUGGCCCCACGCAUUUUCCCUUGGGCUGGGUCAAUGCCUCAGACCAGGCAGGGGCUCCUGAGUGAGCCAUGUUCUCUGGGUACCCCACAGCUGUCACAUGGAGCCAUCAUGGGGGGCAGAGAAACAGAACUAAAUGCCUGUCUUCAGGCCCUGACUCUGACCUCUCCAGAUGCCUCCCCCUCUUCCACAACCCUCCCAGCCCAGAGCCCAGUCCCUGCCCCACCUAGGGAACUACUACCUGACCCCUGCAACUCCCACUUCCUGGAAGAGGACCGUUCGUCCCUCAACAGUGAUGUGGCUGCGCUCCGGCUGACGGAAGAUGAGGCAAACUCCACAAGUGGCAAGGACCCCAUCCCCUCUUGCUGCCUUCCGGUCCCCACCAUGUCUGAUCUGGAGCUGCUGCAGGGCCUCCGAGCACUUGGGCAGAACCCUGGGCCUGUCACUCCCUUCACCCGCCCGUACUACCUCCAGCGACUGAAAGAGCUCCAGAUUGCUCCUGGUUUAAACUUUUCAGGACACAGUCCAGAGCUGGCUGAGGCCUUACGAACAGGCCAGAUCCCAAAUGCCCAGGCAGACGAGGAUGUGCUUGCCCAGCAGUUUGAGCAGCCAGAUCCCACCAGAAGGUGGAGGGAGGGGAUCAUGAAGUCUAGCUUUACUUAUCUGCUGCUGGACCCCAGGGAGACUCAAGACCUGCCAGCCCGGGCCUCUUCACUGACCCCGGUGGAGCGCCUUCGAACUUUUGUCCGUGCCAUCUUCUAUGUGGGCAAGGGGACACGAGCCCGCCCCAAUGUCCACCUCUGGGAGGCCCUCAGCCACCGUAGGCAGCCAGGAAAGCAGGCCUGCCCGAAGGUACGCCAGAUCUUGGACAUUUGGGCCAGUGGCCAUGGUGUUAUCUCUCUGCAUUGCUUCCAGCAUGUGGUGGCUGUGGAGGCUUAUACUAGAGAGGCAUGUCUUGUGGAUGCUCUAGGGAUCCAGAUGCUGACCAACCAGAAACAAGGACACUGCUAUGGAGUGGUAGCAGGCUGGUCACCUGCUCGGCGGCGCCGCUUGGGGGUGCAUUUGCUGUACCGUGCCCUCCUUGUCUUCCUGGCUGAGGGUGAACGAGAACUGAGACCCCAGGACAUCCAGGCCCGUGGUUGAACACUGAGGGGUUGGCCAUCUAGACUGAGAGGUCAGAGUUGUUUAUUGCAACUGCCCCACGAAAAAAGAGCAAUUCCUGAUCUCCAGCUCCAGAAGGCUGGGGUGGGGGACAUAUGCAGCAGUCUAAUUCCCUGUCAGGUUGAGGGAGGACUUUGUUACAGACAGAACUGCUGGAGAGGCAAUGAACUCCCUAUCAUAGGAGAAUAAGUAAGGACCGGAAGGUUAUUUGGAACAUUCUGGUGCUUCAGAACAUGGUGUGCUUUGUUAGUUUGGUCCUGUUUGUGUGGACAGAUUUCACGAUUAUCUCCCAGACAAAGGGGGCCCACAUUCUGGGAUGGACUCAGGAAUCUGCCCAACUGAAGAGCCAAGCUUUGCUGCUUCCCAGCUAUGGUUCCUCAGACCAGUAAUUUGUGUCUGAGACUCACUUCCCUCAGUUUUACACUGUGAACAGUGAGAGGUCUUAGCUCUGUGGAGAGCUGAUUAAACAAAGGCUGUUAGGGUUAAGCGUGACCCAGAGUCCUGUACUAAGCCAGAUGCCAUCCUGCAGCUCAGAUGGAAAGUCUGUGGUGAUGGACGGACAGCCCUGGGAGAUUAUGGGGUGUACAGGUGAAAAACCAGCUCUCCUUGGUAUCAUUGUGUGACUUGUGUGACUUGGAAGUUGCUUCUCUGAACCACUUCUUCCAUUGUAAAAUUGCAUCAGUAACUCUGACUUCCUGGUGAUCCUGGUUCUGUGAUUUCAAACUACUCACACAGGCAAAGAGCUUCAGUGUCAAGUCACCCUCCUGAUAAGGUGUUGGCAGGAUCUUUUAAGUUUUCCAAAAGUUGCUUUUUCAAAGUGCCCAAUAGGUUUAGGGACUUGGGAUCUGCUGCUUCAUUACCUGCCCGUUACUGAGGCUCAGCUAAUAAGUCCUUCUGGGGAUGGACUGUAACUGGAAGCUGAUUCCUCCUGCCCCCGUUCCUCUCUGCUGGGCCCCUGGUUCCUUGGGAAUGGCUUUGACAUUAGGGGCCACUACCAGUGAGACAGGUCUGGGCUCUACCACUGUAGCCAAGUUGGAGAAAUUUCUGAUCUUCCAUUUCUUAAAUGUAAAACAGGAAGGUCCACACCCGAAGUCACUUGAUAAAGCGAUAACAAUGAAAACCACGUGCCAUCACCCAGGGAUUCACAAAGGAGUCACUGGGAAAGAAGGCAGAGACCCAAAAAUGAUAGGAUUUAUUUCCCUCUAGCGUUUGAAGCCAAGUUACUGUUUGAUGUUGGGGCAGACCUGUGCAUUGCAGAAUGUCAGGCAGCACCCCUGGGCUCCUGCCAACAGAAGUCAGUAGCUUGUCCGCUGCAGUUGUGGCAGUCAAAACUGUCUCCAGAAUUUCAUAAUAGACAGUUGCUCCCCUGAGACGCUCUGGUCUAAACUAAAGGUGAACUAACAAACCAGUGGGGAAACACUGAAGGUGCAGCAACAGAGGGACAAUUCUCUCUUACACUUCUCACAAACCACAGGUAACUAUAUAUACAUUAGAAGAAAAUGUUACUUUAGAACAUGACCAUGGUGGGCAGGGAAGCCCACCAGACAUAAAAGGAAAAGCCAGAUUCAGUACCUUCAGAAUAAAAGCUUGAUGACAAAAGUCACCCUAAACCAUGUUGAAAGAUAAGUGGAGCUAGUAAGAAGUACUUACUCCCUGGCUGGUAUAGGGUGAAGGGGAUUCAAUGAACCCAUGGCAUUAGGCAGCCAGCACAGGGCCUUGCGUAUAGCUGGCACUCAUUCGUGGUUGCUCUCAUCUCAUGCAGUCUGCUUAUCCUCACCCUCAACUUGUUAGACCUCUUGCUUGAUCCAGGGAGAGGGAGCUCACCCACACCCUAAGUCCCACUCUCUGCCUUCUGCUUUGGGAAUACUACCCAAGUGGUCCCUGCAUUAAUUGUGAAAGCGGCUAUUCUGGAAACAAGCCCUGUCUGCAUAUGGGGAAACUGAGGGUCAGGGCCACCCUACCCUGUGGUCAUCCAGCACAAGUCUGGAGAUUCAGAUUGUUAUUUUUUAUUGAGUUACAAUUUGAGAUGUGCAGGUUCAAUGGUGCCAGUGCCCCCAUCCCUACCCCCUUGGGCAACAAUAGCUCCCAGCGCUGAGGGACGGGGUGUGGGGGUGCUCUGGGAAAUGGGGUGAGACACUUAAGUGUCCUUGUGGGGCUCGUGAGUUACAAGAUCAAGCAUGGCUGACACGGAAGACAGAGCGGGUUGGGGGUCCUUCCUUGG